AUGAAGCCCGUCGUCUCUGCCCUGAACGCCUGGUCCUGUGUCGUUAUCUCCCUCUUCGCAAUUGUCAUCCUAUCAGUCCUCGGAAGCCUAUACAGCAGCAACAACCACGCAUACACUGGAUCAGAAGGCGAACCCGAAGAUGGAGCCGCAGUCGCUGCUUCAAUUUACACCGCUGUGAUCGUUUACGCUGGAUUCUUCGUAUUCUGUGGCUUCCAGGCUUACCUCCACUUGCGAAACAGCAGGGGAGGUGCUAUAUCACUCCAUUGA